AUGACAACAUUGGUGAAUACGCUAGUACUGUCUCGAAGUCUCUUUGUAUCACAGGUGAAUGUAAUCAUCAAUGAACUAAUCAAGCGAACACCACUCGAUUUUCGACGAUUAGGACAUGCAACCACAGCAAUACUUGAAGUCAAUUUAAUUCCGACGGCUUUCAACAGUGAUUGGUCAAUAGAGUAUGGAAAUGCAUCCAAUGACUAUGUUUGGAGAAAUGUCCCAGUCAUGUAUGCUAAUGGCACAUGCAAUUGCGCUGUUUCUAGCGAAUGUCAAGCACCAUUGAGAAUUGGUCCUUAUGAUCUUAUCUUGCCCGGUCUCUUUGUCGGUUGCUUGCCAAUAGAUGGAUUACGUAUGUCAACACUCGAAUGUUUCUUUUCAUCGAACUGCAUCAACACUAUUCUCAAUUAUUUGGAAUAUUAUACACUGCCGGAUAAAUCAGAGUCGUUCAAUUUUAGUUUACCUGCAGUACUUCCAUCGGUUGUGAAUCCACUAAACGAAUCAAUAUCAUCCCGUUUUUCAUCAGUCACACCGAUUGGUGAAAUUAUCGAUGAGCUCUUCAUCGAAAAGUGGGAAAAUAUCACGAGCUAUGAGAACUAUUAUGCUGCAUGUGCACCGACUAUUUGCAAUUACAAAUAUAGUCAACGUAGAGGUGUUUUGUAUGUGAUUACAUCACUGCUUUCUCUCUAUGGUGGACUAACUAUGAGCUUACGAUUUAUUGUUUGGAAUGGUAUGCAAUUAUAUCGAAAAAUAAAAUCAGCUCGACAUAUUCAUGACAUAAGAGUUGCAUCACAGAAUCGUAUUCAUUAG